AGGAGGAUCAGGCGGUCCGUAUGGUGACCCCCUGCCUGUUGCCUGACAAGAGUACAGUCACACAGAUCGAGAUUCGCAGUGCGCAGCACUACAACCUUACCAUCUACAACACAGGCUCCAACGUCAUUGAUGAUAGGGGUCUCGUUGUUCGUGUAUUGGAGAAAAAUGUGGUCCACACGGAUUCCGAAACAUUUUUGCGUAGUCCUAGCGAGGAACUUGUGGUGCACUGGAUAAAACGUCUUUUUCACGGGGAGCCACAGCAGCGCCCACGUCCUAUAGAAGCCACAGUCAUUCUUGACAAUGUUAACCUGUUGUUUGCGGCGCAGGAAAGUUUCUUGUCAGAGAUUGGCUCCACCGAAAACGACUUUUCACCGGAUUUUGUUAUGAACGCCCGGCGCACGUUGGUGAAACGUUACGGAGGUCUUUUGCAGCAUUGCGGGGCGAUGUCAUCCUGUCAUCCUCUUUCUCAGAUCAUCAUGAUGCAGAAGUCUCUCUACAGCGCAGCUGUAUCACUUUUGCAGAGUCUCAGGGAUGGUGCAGAAUGCUCAUGUGAUCUUGCACCCGUUUUGGAGUCUCUGCGCUUCUACAAUACCGCCACGGAGGCGGAGGCAGAAGGUGGAAAUGAGGGUGGUGGUCUGGUCACUUCUGUUGUCAUGAAAUGGCUUUCUCAAGCAUUACAUUUCUACGGCUUGGUCAGCAGUAUGGGAUCGUUAUCGCAGGUGUUAGCAGAUCACGCAUCAUUUCUUCAGCGGCGAGAGCAGCGCUUCCUUGCGCUCCAUUCCAUAAAUCAACAGCUUCUUCUUCAUCCACGAGUGCUUGAGGACCUUGUCGAAUGCUGUGUGGAGUAUAUAGAGUGA